AACGUUUGUUCAGCGGACAAUCUCAUAGUGUUUGUGUAUUCACUGACUAACUGCUUCGAAAAGAUCAGCUUGCGCUUUGCAACUGUAGCCUAACUGGCAUGUUUUGUUUUUUUUUCCUUCCGCGCAGCUCAUCAGCGAGUUUAUUUGUGUCUGUGUUGGUGGCCAGAGAAUUAUCAGCGAGAGAAAACAUUUGAACGAAAAUUCACAUUCCACCGAGGAGGAAUUUAAUUUAUUAUCACAAUUAACAAGCUCUCAACAGUAAUUAGAUAUCUAAUUACAGGGAAAAAAAUUUCAGACCGUAAGUUACAUUUGUAAUUCUUUGUGUGGGAGUGUCAACUCUGAAAUUAAAUUUCUGAUAAGUUACAAAGAAACUAAACCUGAUUUGGAAUAAUCUAGACUAGAUUUACAUCUCUAAAUCUAAUAAUCUCCACGGACACUGUCGACAAGAAUUUAAAUUCCAUCUUUGAAAAAGACUGGCAAAAACUUUUGAUUGGAUUAUCUAAUCUUAGCGCACGAUGGGAGGUAAAAGCAGUAAGCAGAAGAGUAAGAAAAAUAAGAUGGAGGAAGGCGCUAAUGGAGAAACAGAAGGUCAGAAAGAUGAACAAGCCCAGGAACAACAGACGGAAGGCGAUGUUCCUGCAGAGAAGAAACUAGAGGAAAAUGGAACUGUUAAAAAAGAGAGUGACAACCAAGAGGAGGGAGAUAGAAUAGAAGAAACAAAAGAUCUUUCUCAAACUAUUCCUGUUACUGAACCAGUAGCCCUCACCUCAGAGGCAGCGUCUCCAACAGAGUGUGCCCCUGCCACUACACAACCUCCUCCUUCAGAGCCAGCACCACCAGUAGCUGCAGAGGAAGUCCAUGCUGAAGGAAACAAAGAGAAUGUAACAGAACAAACUGUAGAGAAAGUAUUGGAACAAUCAGCUCCAGAAAACACUGCUGCUCCCAAUGAAGUGUCUGAGACAGUUCUGCAGGAACCCCAAAAAGUGCUAGCAGAGACCACAGGUGAGGCCAAGGUUGAAGCUCAAGCUGAGACAGUUGUUUUGGAAAAGACUGAAGAACCAGUUGAGCCAGCAGCAGCAGCAGAGGAGUUGGUGCAGCCAGAUUCAGUGGCAGCACCAGAAGAAUCAGCACCACUUCCUGCGCCUGAAGAAACAGAAGAGCCAGCGCCACCUGCAUUACCAGAGUCAGCACCUCCCACUGUACCAGUAGAACCAUCUGAAGCACUUCUGCCACAGGAUCUUCCUCCUCCUCCACCUGUGCCAACAGAUUCAGAAGAUGUGGACUCCACCCAGCAAGAACAGGUACCAGUUGCUGAGGAAAGAGAUAGCACUGCUGCUGCACCAUCAGACACUGCAGAGUCUGGAGCAGCCGCCAGUGAUGCGCUUGAUACCACAGAAGCAGCUGCACCUAGUGAGGAACCUGUUCCAUCAACUGUUGUGACUGAGUUUCGAUGGGAAGGUACUGGAGAAACUGUCCUAGUCAGUGGGACUUUCAACCAUUGGCAGGAAAAGAUUCCUCUGGCCAAGAAUGGUGAUAUUUUUACAAAAACCCUGGACUUACCUAUUGGAGAAUACUUGUACAAGUUCUUUGUGGAUGAACAGUGGAUGGUGAAUAAAGCAAUGCCUAUCAAGUGUGACGAGAACGGAGAAGAGAACAAUGUAGUUGUUGUAGAACUGGCCAGCUAACAAGUGGAUCCCUGUCGGCACCUUCAACAUGAUGGAUGAAUGGAUUGUUGGUUGGAGUUGAGCUUUUUAUUUGUUUCAAACACAAUAUUUAUUUAUUUAUCUCUUGAUGGUGAGGCUCACUUGUCUGUGGUAACAAGCUCAUCUGAUUAGGUGCUAUGUACCUAUUGUUUACCUUGUCCUACUUAAAUGUUUACUUAAUUAAUUAUGGUGUUAAUUUUGCAGAAGUACAAAUUAUUCACCAUGGGGCUAAUUAUGAAGAAAUGUUAUAAUCAUGCUAAUACUUUUAGAUCAAACUAUUGACUUUCAAUGGCAUACUAUAAGUUGAAAUAUCUUGCUGUGGUGCCUCACCAUGUUAUUAUGUAACAAGGAUGUAAUAAUGGUUUCCAGUUUGUACCAUGCUACAGCAACCAGAUACUUACAGAUACAAUACUUGAUGAUGUACCCAAGGUUCCAUAGUGCAGGAUUGAAAACUUAUUUCUUAAUUGUCUAGUAUGUUAGAAACUAAAGGUUUACAGUACUUAACACCCAAGUUUUACAAAACAAUGGAUCCAAAUGUUGAACUCCCUAAGGCUUACAGUAACUAAGGUAUUCUUUUAAAGUGUUUCCACUACUUGGUUACCACCCAAGUUAAACGCUACCAUGUUAUCAAGGUGGACCUCACCAUUAUCCAUUCUGUUCUAAAACCAAGUUUUAAUUAAGUUAUUAACACAAGCUCAAGUUUCAAUUCAUUUGGCACAAAACAUUUUCAUUUUUGUUGUACAUUUCCUAGAAUGUACGGUGCAAGGCUAAGUCUAACUUGAAGAUGCAUUGGUUCUUUAAGCAUGUCAUUUGAUCAGGGUUGCUUCAUCUGCUACUUAAAACUUGUUCUAGAACUCAAGCCGUUGCUGUUUAGUUUUAAAACAGAAUUGUGUUGGUUUCAUGAAAAUAUUUGAGAACAAAUGUUGUCUUAUUUUGAUCACACAAUUGUGCUUGAUGUCCUGAUGUCAAAGAAAGAAAUCACUUUGAUGACUAGAACUUAACUUUUCAGUAUUUGUUGUGUGUGAAUGUGAACUUGUGCUGUUGAGUGAUUCAUCAGUCUUACGUUUUUCUUCAUGUUUCAUUGAACAUACUGGUUCAUUUAUGCCUGUGCGUGUUCAAAAGACUGGUUGGUUUCUUUUAUUUACUUUAUUUUUAACAACUGAAAUGGUUACACUUUGGUUAUUUUCAGUGAAAUAGUCUUUAGUACUACUCUAUUUGUAAUGUUGAAUUUUUAAAAAGUAAAAUAAAAUUUGAACAAGUUUUAUAAUGCCAGUUUUGACUUUGAUAUAUUUGUAUUUUGAACUCUUUCUCUAUCAGUUGUGUGUUCAAACACUUGUCCAGAAUGUUUGUUUCCCUGUCUUUGUGAACAAAGUUUUAGUGCUUGGAUACAAAAACAACUAUUAAACCAUCCAUCACUUUGAAUGCUCUAUUUUAUUUGUAUGUACUGAAUCCGCAUCAGAUUUUGUUUUGAUAAGCAAGAAAUAAAACAUUUUUCUACAACAUG